AUGAGUUAUUCCCCUGGAAACUCCAACGACGCGCGGGAACAGAGAAAACGUGUUUUCGAUCGAUUCUUCAUCAAAUGUGCUCUCCGCCAAUUAUUCCAGGUGCUGAAAGACCACAAUCAGGCAUUCGUAUCCGGCAAUGAUCUUGAGAACAUGAUAAUAAAUGUCCAAUACUUCGAUGCCAACAGCCCAGGAGAUUGCGGUCGAUACUUCACACCAUGGACGACCGAGCAGAUGGCGAAGCAUGCGAAGAAUCUGCGAGUAGGCGAGACACAUGCCGAACACCAAACCCGAGAAAACCGGCUAGAUGCGACAAUACCGUUCAGCGAAAGGUAUUUCUCGCAAAUACCCCAAUGGAAUGACCAAUGGGAAUCCCAAUUUCACUGGACCCUGCCAGGGCAGCCGCAUAUCAAGAUAUGCAUGUGCAGCAGUAUCGACGGGGAUCCGAAGCAAAUCCUGCGUACUGAACUCCUUACGAUCGUUGCUACGAUGGGAACCCUACUGAAUCAAGCGGAUUUUCAGCAUCAUAUGGCUAUUCCAGUGAUGUUGAUCUCGUUCAUGGGUCGAUGGCGAGGGAGGAUUUUGACGGCAUAUUGCAAAGGCCCUGAGCUCGUGGUCCGAAUGUCGCGGUUAUACCGUUUUCUUUCCCAGGACGUGGAUUCGAUGUCCUUGGUUACGCGAUAUUUGGCCAGUUACGCCGACGGUGAAACUCACGAGCUUCCUACUUAG